AUGCCCACUGUUCCAGAACACCAAGGCGAUCAGUCUUCAACUAACAUCUUGGAUCAUCUCGUUCACUUCGCGUCCCCUGGCCAAUUGAACCGAGCCAUUGGGGAAUUCGAGUCAUCAGGAUUCAAGUUGAGCCGCGGCACUCAUGCGGAUGGUUGCACUCACAACGCACUUGUCGUAUUUGCAGAUGGAGUCUACUUGGAACUCAUCUCCUUUACGCACGAGGUUUCUGACUAUCCAGAAGGCUCCCCCGAACGGUCGAAACGUGAAUCCCAUUGGUGGGCAGACCAGAAUCCCGGUGGACAACCUGUGCCAACCAAGCUUUCGACACAUCCGUCUGGAAAUGGAUCAAUUCAAGAGCGGGAGAAAAACUCUUCUCGGCCCCCCAAUCAGGUGGAAGACGUCCCACUCGCACCACCUUCAAACACCAGUCAUCCGAACGGUGCUCUCGGCAUCGCCCAAAUCAUCAUCCUUGUUCCCUCAUCAGACUUCACACUCACAAGCAACCGACUGUCCGCCACCCUCGGCGUUUCCACCACCGAAUCAGCGACACAAAAUUCGUGGCCUCUCAAAACCCCCCGCAAAACUGACCAUCCUUCCAAGUUAGUCCUCAAAGCGACUGACUCUAAUCAGUUUGCCAUCACAGAAGUCAAAUUCUGGGUGGUACAAGGAUCCACACCACCACCCUCAAGAACAGCGGCGCCAUCGGUUGGGUAG